AUGGUUUGUGAACACUUUGGACAGCCUGAAAUGACAAAAAGUAAGGAUCCAAAAAAAGAGACAACAACUAAGCGGAUUGGGUGUACGUGGCAAAUAAAUCUGUCAUACCCUGAGAAAGAAAAUCCUAAUAAAAUUGUAUACAUUGCAAAAUUAAUUAAUGAACAUAAAAAUCAUGAUCUUAACCAAGCUCGCUACAACUUUCAGAAAAAUAUAGCAUUUACAAAGGAGAUGAUUGAUGAUCCCCAACAAAUUCAUAAAGCUCUUGAAGAGAAAUAUUUUGUAAAAGUCUAUAUGCCAAUACUACGACAAGUAAUUCAACGAUUUCGCCCAAAAUUACGGGAUCAGACAAAUGAUAUUAGUAAAUUGUAUCAAAAAAUAUUGAAUAAGAAAGAAGUUGAUCCCCAAUGGUAUGUCCAGGUGGAUUGGGACCCUAAUAGUAUAUGUCUUCGGUGA